UGAUGGCGUUAGAGACGACUCAACCCUUGGGCUCAACACUAGCUGUUUUAGUGCUCAAUAUUGAGUGCUUGAAGGGCUCGAACACGUGGUCUCGAACCCAACAAUUGUGGGCCAAUACUAGUGUUGUGUUUAAAGAAUUAUCACCGAUGGAGAAGACGUUGAAUUGUCAAUCGUAUGGCAUCUUCUGGGACAUCGAGAACUGUGCCAUUCCUUGUAUGGAAAGGGCCGCUAAUGUGGUCCAAAGAGUCAAACAAUUCAUUGCCACCAAAUUUGAGUCGAUUGUUGGCCAACAGCCCGAGCCGUGUGUCUUCAUCUGUUCGUGCGAUACACGCAUUCUGGACGCCCGACACGUGGAAGCGCUCAACAGGUAUGGCGUCGACAUUCUGCACGUGAAUCCCGUUCGAGUGCCCCAUAAAGUGGACGCCGACUGUAAGCUCAUGGAGUGUAUGCAGAAGUUCACUGAUCAUCACCACAACAGGAAUCCCAUUUUCCUGAUUACUGGUGACAUUGACUUCGCGCCGGCCAUCCGAUCGGCCAAACGGCGCGGCUUUCAAGUGAUUCUGCUGUUCGGUCGCAACACAUCCGAAGAUCUUAAGAACUCGGCCUCAGAAUCGCAUUCGUAUUACGAUAUCAUUGGCAACGAAGACAGAGAGUCCCGCCAUAAUAGCGCUCGCAUGCCGUCGAGCGCGGCCUCGAGUGCCGCUGCAAAUCCGCAACAAAUUGCUCCGCAAAUCCCGCAGCAAAUCCUUCAGCCAAACCUGUGGGCACUUCUUGAGCAACCGGUUCCGCCGUCACAACCGGUGAUUGAGACUAAACCUAAACCCAAUUCCGCACCGAAAGCGCCACAAAAUGCAAAAGACGUG